GUUCAGAGUUUUCGGAGAUAAAAUUCAAUAUUCACGAUAAGAAAUCACCGACAAAUUGUGGUAUAUAAGUUAGGCUAUAACGGGAUACGACAAGUUAUACUUAAAAAUCUUCUUGUGCAACAAACAUCUUCGACAGGUUAAAUUGUGUGAAAAAUGUUUCGUCAGACAUCUUUUAUAAUUUUACUGGCGUUGGGCUUAUCUAACGGCAUUUUUUUGGAAUGUGACUAUGCACUAAGAUCUGUUGGAACCAUUGGAAACGUUUAUUCUUGUCUCGCCAGAAUUCAUCCAUCUCCUGGCGAAAAGAACGUAUCAGAUGUAUCACACAAUCAUUUAGACGGUCGUGUUGACGCUGACGUGGAGUCGUUAAUACUCAACGAUAACAUAGCUUUUACUCCGUUCAAUAUUCAAAACUUUUUUCCAAAUCUAGUUGCAAUUGAUAUAAACGGAAAAGGUACAUUGGAACUGACACGCGAAAGUUUGAAAGGAUUGCAAAGCUUGAGAUAUUUCAGUUUCAGUCGCAAUCAACUUCAAAUUAUUGAACCGAAUUUGUUCAUAGAAAAUCCUCGGAUCGAAUGGAUAUAUUUCGAUGGUAACCCAAUACGGCACGUUGCAUUCAAUGUGUUCGAUCAUCUGGAAGAAUUACGCGUUUUGUAUAUGAUCGAAACCACAUGCAUUAACGAAGGUGCCAACACCGAUAAGAAUGCCGUUGAUUUGCUGAAAUUUCGUAUUCUUGUUAAUUGUCCGCCAACAUUUGAAAUGUUAGAAGAAAAAAUUGUGAGAAGCAGUUUGCUACAAAUUAUUAUUGCAGCACAAAUAGAUAGAGAGAUAGAUCCAAUCAAUGAAGCGUUAGAGGAAAUUGUUGAGGAGCAGAGGCUGCUUAUCGAACGAGUUGAAGCUUUAGAGGAAAGUCAUAGACACUAAGCUAACUUUUGUAAGAUCCAUGUGGAACAAUAAAGUGAUUUAAUGUUAAUUUUA